AUGAUAUUCAAGAGCUCACGUCUAGUGCAUAACUGGCUGGGAACGCGUGCCAUCUUGGCGCCGAAGAACGACGCUGUUGACGAAACGAAUCUGCAAAUGCUGAACCAGCUACCCAGUGAGGAAUGCAGUUACAAGUCCAUCGACGCUGUUCUCGAUCCAGAUGAAGUUGUGAAAUAUCCUGUUGGAGUUAUUGAAUACUUUAACACCCUCUGGACUUCCACCUCACCACUUAAAACUCAAAAUUUUGAGAAACUUGGUGCCACCAAAGCUUUUCAAUGCAACUCACCUUAUCAUGAAAACGAUGAUGCCAAGAUCAUGGAAGCUACCAAUAUUGACAGGCAAAGCAAGUGGGGAAGAUGUUUCAUACCACGAAUUCCUCUCAUCCAAUCUGACACACCUUUUGAGUUUCAAUUUAAGCUGAGCAUUGCAAUGGGCAAUAACAGGGCACAAGGUCAGUCAUUGGAUGUUGUAGGCGUAACCCUGAAGGAGCCAAUGUUUUCACAUGGUCGAGAGUUGGCAAUCCCAACAAUCUAUUUUCUAUUUAUUAGUACGCCUAAUGGCAGAACGAAAAACUGA